ACUUAAAAAUGGCAGCCGCCAGUAGCAAAAGGAUGGCGGCAAUUUUCAACAUGAAGAUCUAUUUUUUGACUAUUUUAACAUUGUUUCUCUUCAUAACAUCCACACACACUGCCCGAUUAAGUGACCCUAAGAUAUUGCUCCCCUAUCACAGUUCUGCAAUAGUCAAUUAUACGCUUCAUGUCAAUCUGACAAGAGAUGAAGUAAAAUUUGCAGACUCCAGUUGCUUUACAUGGAGUACAAAUACACCAGAAACUGCAUCUUUGACACUGGUUAACAGUACUGAUGGAGAAUGUGCAUUUUCUGCCAUUGUAUCUGUUAUGUCUAAAUCACCUCAUCGUAAACAAGCUAUCAUUAUGACAGAAAAUAAAGUGACAGGAGAGAAAUUGAAAUGCAUUGUGAUUGUUAAAGCUAUAUCUCAAUUUGAGAUACAGACGACAACCAGAGCUUUGUACUUGGAAGAUUCUCCUGAAGAACUUAUUAUACAAGGAUAUGAUGAUGCAGGGAAUGUUUUUUCCAGCUUAGCGGGAUUAGAGUUUGAAUGGAGCCUUUUAUCAGAUGCUGAAAAAAGUGAAGCUUUUGAUGCAUAUAACAUAUUAAGGAUUUUGCAAUUCUUUGAAUCUGAUUAUUCAGCACCAGAACAUAUUCGUCAAAUAGAGGACAGAGGAGUACAAGGAGAUAUAAUAUUAGUGGAGGGCAUACGGACAGGAAGUGCAAAGGUCAAAGCAAGAAUUAAAGAUGCUGCAUAUAAGGAUGUUCCUACUUCGAUAGUUAAGAUAAUGGUAGUAGCCAACUUAAACAUCAAACCAACAGAAUCUUAUGUACUGAUGUUAGCUACAGUGAAAUAUACAGUAGAACUGGUCAAGGCUACAUCUAUCAUAGAAAUAAAUAUGCCAUCUCCACAGUUCUUGUUAGAAGUUCAGGAUUCAAUGAUUUGUACUUUGGAUGCCAGUACUUCAACAGCUACAGCAUUAGAACUAGGGUCUACUGAGAUUGUACUCACAGAUAAAAAUAUAAAAGAAAAUGAUAGUUUGACAAAACCAACAGCCAUGUUGUAUGUUGUUACUGCGAGUUAUUUGGCAUUUGUUGUCCUGCCACACAGAAAGUGGGUGUUAGAAACUGGAAGACAAUAUGAGAUCCUUAUAGAGUUAUAUGAUAAAGAUAGUCACAGAAUACAUCCAUCUGAUAAUAUUAUUAUCGAAGCUGCCUUCCCAAGUAAUUAUUUUAAAUUACAUUACUCUACUAAGAAUGGGACAUACCACACAGUUACAACAUUACAGAAGGGGAAAACAAAUAUAGAUGGAGCUCUCACAACCAUAAUUAGAAAGGAUGGCUCAGAAUAUGCUAUUAAUCCAGUAAUCAAACAGAGCCAGGAUGUUGAGAUAUAUGAUCCUAUUAAAGUAAACCCUCCAUUGUUAUACUUCCCAUGGGAUCCUGUUAAAGAGACCAAUCACAGAUACCAACUUAAGGCAACUGGUGGCAGUGGUGAUUAUAUAUGGUCAUCAAAUAACCUUGACACAACCUCUGUGAAUGUAAGAGGGGAGAUAACUACCAGUAACUUGGGUAAAUCUAUUGUGACAGCAGCCGACACCAGGAAUCAGGCACAUAAAGGAUCUUCUACAAUACAUGUCUUGCCUCCAUCCAAAAUUGAGUUUAUACCUAAACGUGUUGAGGCCAUGGUUGACACAGAACUAGAAUUACCUCUAGCUGUUUUUGGUUUACUAGAAGGUCGUCAGGUUAGCUUUAAUGACUGUAGAAAGAUGAGAUUAAAUGUGACAUUAACAGAUGAUGUAGUGUUCAGUAAAGUAAAAGGGUCAAGUUUACCUGAAGAGGGAUGUAGAACUAUUAAGGUCAAAGCAGCACAGAAAGGUCACACACAAGUUAAAGCCUCUUAUGUCUAUGAAAAUAUCAAAUUGGAGUCAACUGUAACCAUAGCAGCCUAUGAUCCUCUAGUGCCAAUAGAUCCAGAGAAGGAGGCUGUAGUAACUAUUGGUUCUCUUAAAGAAGUAAUAUUCACUGGUGGACCACAGCCUUGGGUACUUGAUACAUCUAAAUACUUCCAAGACAUGUCAGAAGAGAAAGAGGAAAUAGUUAAUAUAGAAAAAGUUAAACUGUAUGGAAAUACACGUGGUUUACACAGUUUUUACGUGACCUGUGAAGAUUUUGGUGUUCAGAAAUUAACCUUAAAAGUUGGUAAUGAGAAAACAGCCAAGAACCAGUACCCUGCUGAAGAACAAGCUAGUAUUAGAUUUAGCUGUGCAGCUCCUGUAGAAAUCCAUCUACAGCCUUCAGUGGGAUAUACAGAAGGGUUACCUCCGUGUCCAAUCAACAGCAGGGAAGUAUCUCAACCAAUACCAGUUCAUUGCAGGAGAGACCUUGAUAUUUUGAUAACUGUCACAGAUUCAAAUGGCAGAAAGUUUGAUAACUUUUCUUCACUGGUUUUUGAUUGGACAUUAAGUGACCAAUCAUUGGCUUCCUUUUCUGAUUCCAUUGUAUCAUCAGUUGAGACUGUUCAUGGAAUCAAAUUAGUCAACAGUUAUAAAAAGUUAGUACCUGUAGGAAAGACUGGUCAGUUGUCGGUCACUGGUACUGUGACAUACUACAGUGAUGAUUAUUUGAAGAAAGCUGGCUCAACAAUAACAAAUCGAAUUUAUCCUAGAUUGACGAAGACGAUAGACAUACGAUUGGUAGAUGAAGCUGUGCUGACACCCAGUAUAAUAUCUAUUUUUAAUCAUCCAUCAAAUAAAGUUACAAUUGUGGUUGAGAAAGGAUCAGGCUAUUUCUACGUAGUACCAGAACAGAGAGAUAUUGUCAGUGUAGAUUAUCAGGAGAAAGAUAAAAGGAUACAGAUAAAUCCCCUCAAAGAUGGAUCUCUAAGUCUGACUGUAUAUGAUUUAUGUAUUACCAUGCCACAGCCAUUAACAGCCUCUGUUUAUGUGUCUGGAGUGGGAAGCGUUCUUUUGUCUGUUAUUGAUAAGAUGGAAGUUGACCAUGAAGUAAAGGCAAGAGUUAAAGUAAUGGAUGUUCAUAACAAACCACUCAGAGCAAGCUUCUUCAGUUUGAUGGACCUCAAACUUAUACCAGCUUCUAAUAUCGUAACUGUUAGACCAGAUCCUGAUACAUAUAUAGAUGAGUUUACAGCUGUAUACAUCUUAUACGGAGCUCAGGUUGGACAUACCACACUCCAUGCUAGAGCACAUCCACAAACAGGUGUUGUUAGAAGUCAGAGCAAACCAGUAGAGGUUUUCCCACCAUUACAGUUAAUACCAAAGAACAUAACUCUUAUUACAGGUGCUUUGUUCCAAGUUUUAAGUAAAGGAGGGCCAACACCACAAUGUACAGUACAGUUCUCCAUUAAGAACAGCAAGGUAUCUUCAGUAUCUAGGAGUGGGGUCUUGGAGGCUAUGGAGCUGGGGUCUACUGUUGUCAUAGGCCAGGCAGUAGGACAGGACCCAGAGACUGGAGAAACAGUUGUUUAUAGCCAGGAUGACGCUAUAGUGAAUGUUAUACAGCUUAGUGAGAUUAAGAUAUUUGCUCCAUUAUCCAGACUGGAAACGGGAACCCAGAUGCCAAUGUAUGCUGUAGGUCAGACUGACCAGGAGACACCAUUUACAUUUGGUGCAGCCAGACCGCCAUUGACCUUCACUUGGUCGGUCAACAACAAAAAUGUUGUCAUCCUCAAUAAUGUGUUCCAUAAGAGUAAUAUUAAACCGGUGGAUGAAAGUAACUUUGCUACUCAGUUGUUUGCCAAAUCUCCAGGACAAGUUACCGUCAAGUUAACUGUCAGACCUCAGAGAAAUUCCAGAUCACAGAUACUCAAGCAAGCUGAGUUAACAGAUGAGCUUCAAAUACAGGUUUACCAGAAAAUGGAAGUGUUAAGUCCAAAGAUAUGUGAUGGUAAACUUCUGAUAUCCCCUAACAGUGACGCUACUGUUAAAACAAACAGAGAUGGAUCAGCCAGAAUGAGUUACCAGGUAUUAUCUGCUAAUUCUGAUAAGGCCAUCAUCACUGUCAAAGAUGGAGGAGUCAUUACUAGUGGUGCCUCCUGUGGGGAAGCACAUCUACAAAUUACAGCAUUUGAAGAAUUUGGAACAAAUCAAACUGUUGUACUGCUAAUUAAGGUUAAGACUGUUGCAUACAUGAUGAUAAACUCCAAUACUGCACUGAGGACAAACAGUGGUCAACUGAAGAAAAUACCUGUGGGUGUUACCUUGCAAUUGUCUGUCAGUUACCAUGACGAUGUUGGAGAGGAAUUCUUUGCAACCAAUGUAAAGAUGUAUUACAGGUUGAACAGGUAUGAUCUUGUACAAAUUGGACAUGGAUCAGACAACAAUACAUUGGUAAUGAAGGCUGCUGAAGUUGGACAAACUGUUCUUAAGGUUUGGGACAAACACAGCCCCUGGAUAGCAGAUUAUAUAAACAUUGAUGUAGAUUAUGCCAUUACACCAAACAGUCAUACCGUAUUCUUAGGACAGAUUGUGUGUUACACUUCAUCACUAGUUACAGAAACAGGUUAUAAUGGUGUAUGGCAGAAUAACAACAACAAUGUUAAGAUCACUAGUGAUAGCGGUAUUGCUGUGGCCACUAAAGUUGGUUCAUCAUUGAUCACAUAUGAAAUAUCCAGUGGUAUAUCAACUUAUACAGAGGUAACAAUAGAACCAAUUAAAUCAGUAACAUUUGACACACCUUUAACCUUCCUGACCAAUGUAAAGGGAAGAUCAAGUGGAUACUUUAUACCAGUCAGACUAGGGGAUGGACUCCAAGGUAAUACUUGUUAUGGAAAAGUGCUGGAAGGAGACUUUCAUCCGGAUUCCAUUCCAUUCAGCUGCCAGCUUAGCCUGACUGAACAAGGAAGUGAAAUAUCCAUUGAUGACCUCUUCUCUGUCUUCGGUAUAUUUGACAGUAAAACAGGACAAUAUGGCUGCCAGCUAGAGAAACAAGAAGCAGACAAGAUGCCACAGCAAAUCAGUACAAUGACUUCCAAUAUCCGUCUGCUUGUAAGAGUUCCUUUCCAGGACGGCCAAUCAGAGGUCAUUUCUGAAACCAAACAAUUUGAAUUGUACCCAGCAUUCUUUGUACAAACUUCAGAGAUCCAUCUGUCUACAGUAGCAGCAGUGUAUCCUAUCAGAAUAUCAUCUAUACCUACAUUAGCAGGAUGUAUUAAGGCAGUGGUUAGUGAUUCAUCUAUACUAGAAGCUCUAGAACCAGAACAAGACACACAGUCUAAAUCUGUUCUUUAUCCAAUCAAAUUACUUGACUCUGCUGCACUUUGGGACAGAGAAACACUUGAUAUGUCAGUAAAUAUGAUCUGUGCAAAGACAGGUCAAGAAGUUAAGGUUCCUGUUAGCAUAAGAUUAAUCGGACAGAAGCCAGAAUACUUAGAUGAUUAUGGAGCACAUAGAGGAUGGACAACUCUGAUCAGACAGUUAUUUAAUAAUUAUCCAUACUGGCUGUUUAUGUUCUUCAUGAUAUUUACUACAGCAUUACUGGCACUUCUAGGUUUUCAUUAUCUUUUUGGAAAGAAAUACACAGCUGUACCCAAUGCAGUAUUUAUACCUGGACCAGCAGGGGCUUCCUCACCUUAUAAUAUACAAAAUUUGUCAGGUUCACCACCAGCGUAUUCACCAGCUUAUUCACCAUCUAAAUCACAAUCAACAUACCUGUGGUCACCAGGUUAUCAUCCUCAGGACGGGUCCAGUUCAGGACGACGGAGAUCACCUUACAUGAACAGACCUGUCUCGCCAAUGUGAUGAAUAUCUCUCAUAGAAAUAAUGCUCAUAUAUGUACAAAUGAAAGUAACUUGCAGCUUCAGUAAGGAACAUUGUGCAAGUGAAGUUGCCAGGAAAAUGCAAGCAUGAAGUUAAUAGUCUCAAAAUUAGAGAAAAAAUUGCAUAUUUUUGCAUCUUUUUGACUUUUUAUGUUACUAUGGUAUUUUUUAUGAUUAGACAACUUUGUUAAUUAAGAAAUUUUAAAAGUAGUAAUCAUUUCACAUCAUGCCGAUAAAAAUGUAUGAUCCAGGUACAAUUAUCAUUACAGUAGACCUUAUCACUCUUUGUGAAGCUGGCACACUUGAACUUGUAUUAACAUUCACUUUUGUAUUAUGACGUCCAAAUUUUACUGAAGCGUAUGUGAUGUCCAGAAAUGUCCGACACAUAUCAAUAUGGUGAAUUAUUCUGAGAUGAAGAGUGGAGAUGCAAUAUAAUUUCAUGAGCAGUGAUUUGGGGGGGGAAUCGUUUUUCUGAUGCGGGAUAGGGGCUCUUUGUAGGUACAUAGAAUUUUGUUUAUCAUGCAAUGUUUCAUUUACAUUUUUUUAGACAAACCAAUUCUUUAAUAGUAAAUGAUAAAAAAAUUAUGCCUAACUAUUUGUUUUGAUUUACAUUAAUUAAUAAUAAAACUGCAGCUUAAGGUGUGGUAAUGUUACUUUGAAAGGAUUUACAAGUGUGAAAGUGAAAUUGUAUAGAUCAUUUUUGUGUGAAUUUGAUAUCGAAAUAAUCUGAAUAAUUAUUGAGAUAUAAUGACUGAGCAGUUGAUGAAGAAGAUUGUUUUAUCAUGUGUUCACAAUAAAUGCCUUUAAAAAAAAUAUUUUGACAGUUUGUUAGCAUUUUGUAUUUUUCAUAAGACAUAACUAGUCACAACCCUCACCCUUUGUUGUCAGCAUUUAUAUAAUCAGAGUGCACAUUUUUUUUCCCCAAAUAACUGUGUUCUCCCCAGUGCUUUUUAUCAAAAGUUGGUGCUUUCUGAAAUUAAUUCUUUUAUAGAUUGUGUUAUUGAAGUUUUUCUGUAUUUUUAAAACCUUGAUGGUAUUCAAAAUUCCCCAUUUUCCAGGAAGCAAUAUGAAGGAAGUUAGGAGAACACAGCUUCAAUUUGCAUACCUGCCAACUGUCACUAUUUGCGGGGGAUUUCCCCCAUGGAGGCUCCCAAAUUGAAAUUUUGAAAGAGCAGUUUUGUCCACAAUUUAAACAAAACAAUUAAUUUUACAAUGACUAUAGGCUUAUAAAAGUAUGAAGAAGCCAAAAAACAACAUUAAAAUAUAUUUGCAGGCCCCCUUGAAGGUUUUUUAAGACUAUGACAGCCAUCUUGCACGUAAAACCCCCAUGGGCAUUUUGAAAAGUUGGCAGGUAUGAAUUUGAAUUAAAAAAAUAUUUGAUUUAAAGCAAUUAUAUUUUGAAUUAAUAUAUAAACUAACGUGCAAGGGCUGUAUAGCCAGUCUAGGUCAUUAAAAACUUUGUGGAGAGGUCUUACUAUGCCUGUUGCCCAAUCCAAUUCAAUUUAUUGAAAUAAAAUAUUGUUUAAACUUUAAACUAAAAACUUCAAUUUGUUGUAUUAUAUAAUUAACACAUUUAGGCCAAUGUUUAUCCAGCUUAUGAAAUUUAACAAUAUUAUCACUCUGUUCCCCUUUUUUCUCCAAUCAGGAUGGGAUUUGUGCUGAUGUAAAAUUUAGAAUGUUAUAGAUGAUUUCUAACCAGUUAAUAUUAUACAAAUAUGAACAUGGCAUGAGUUAUUAAGCUGUAAAAUAUCCUAUUUUAUAUUAUCUUGAACUUGAUCACAUGCCAAAAAGUUAUUUUGGUUUUAUAUUUCAUAAAAUUGCUCAAUUAUUUUGAUAAUUUGUACUAAGUGUAGUUGAAUAUGCAUUGUUAAAAUUUGUACGUUUGAAGAAGAAUAGUUUUGUUGUCUCCCCUGAAUGAAGUCCCUUUGGUGAGACAAUUUUUUCUCAUUUGUUAAAUGCUGAUUUAUUGUUACAUUCCAUCAGGAUUUUUUUUAAAUAGAUGCAACCGUCAAUGAGUCAUGACAGUUUAAAUACAAGUCUAACUUCUAUUUCUUUAGUUUCCUGAACUAAAUCUUGUUUUUAUCUCUGUUGCAAACAACUUCUACAUUUAGCUCUGAUUGGAUAAGAAAUUCAAAAAUAAGAUCUCCAGAAGAAAAUGGAGCAAACAAACAAGCUGAUCUUCUUUUCAAGUUGUUCAUCAUCUGCUGUAUCACUAACUGGUCAACACUUUCUUUGCGAGUUCAUACACAGCACUUUGCAGGUGUGUUAGAUUCCAAUCUUAAAGGACUAGGAUUGUCAGUUUUCCUGACAAUGGUCAUUGUUCUCUCUUGGAACUCCCGCUUCUUCAAUCAAAUAAAACUGACCACCACAUUAUAGUUAAUUUGGCAUUUAACACCAACAAUCAAUCAAUCAAUUUAUAUCAUGUUUAUUCAGCUAGAUAUCUUUGGAAUAAAAUACAAUAUAUUAAUUAUUUUUACUACAGCAUUAUUUGAAUAUAGCAGCUUUUCGUAUCUCUAGGUUAAUUUCUCAUUUUUAUCUAUUUUUUUCAACAAUGCCAUAGAUAGACAUACUUAAUGACUUUUAUAUCUAUUGUUUAGUGAGCUAUUAGGGCUAAUUAUUACUUAAUGGGGAAAGAAUAUGGGAGAGUUGGUCAACACAUGAUUUAUAUUCAGAGCAAUACAUUUAAUUUUUUCCUGGAAUAGUAUCUUUUAUAAUAUAGAAUAUAUAUUUGUAUGUAAUAUGUUCCAAGAAAAAGACUGAGAUAACAUGUUUAAAGUUCACCACAUAUCUUAAGUUAUUUUAACUUCUAGAUCUACCAAUGGUAUUCCAGGUUUUUAUGCAUAAUAUUUUAUUUAGAUGUACUAAAUGCAAACUUAAGGUGUAAUACCACCAAAUCAUGGUACGUCACAUCCGGUUGCAUACGAAAGUAGGCCUAAAAAAAUAUUCCCUUGAAUUUGACCAUUGUAGGUAAUUAAUCCUACAUUUUAUUGCAGUAAAACUAUUUCUGAGUCAUAAACAUAUGUCUUGGGUAUUUCAAAACACCGUUAUUUUUUAUUUGAGAUUUCUAUAGAAAAUUUUGUAAUCUUGAGGUUACAUGGUUACUAAACCUUGUACACAGAUAGAAUAAGGGGAGAAAUUUGAUUGGUUAUCUUCCAAUGAUGGUUAUUUUCUUAUAUGCAAUGAAAUGUUAUGCGAAACUUUUUCUAUAGAACUGGACAGGAUAAAACUUUAAUCAUGUCAAGUAUUUCUUUAUUUGAAACAAAGAUAAAUUCUGCACAAUUUUUUGAAAAGUGCAAAUUUAACAAAGACUAAUAGGGGAAAAUCAAUGGUGGUAUUACACCUUAAUGUUGCAACACUUCUUUUUCUUCCAUUGUUAAUAAAAUAUGACAAUGUUAUACCAUUAAUUUUAAUUUCACCAUGGUGGUUUGAAAUAUUCCAUCAAAGAUAUUUUUGAUGCAAUUCUAGUGAUUGAAUUAAAACUGAUAUGAAUUCGAUAUAACUUUGCUAUUAAAUCAUUAUUGUUUAUCAUUUGUUUUUGUCAUUACAAUAUGACUGAAGAUAUUUUGUUUUUUGUGUGUCCCACAUGUUUAGUGUUUACACAUUUAUGACUUUGUAUGCCUUUUUAAAUAAAUAAAUUUCCUGGCAGUCCAGGAAUAAAUGUGA